AGCGGUGUGGCUCUGCUGCUGCUGCUGGAGUCUCCGGCUGGCUCGAGGAAUGUGCGGAGCGUGAAUUUAGUGGUCUCUCGUGUGGAUUAGCGCUGGGAUUGCGUUGGGAAUACCGCCGGAUUGUGUGGAGGAUGAGCCGGCAGCGGCACGUGUGGAUUACAGAAGCAGGAGGAACCUGAGAACAGACGCGUUUCUCGCCAGCCGCGGACGUCUGCCGUCUGCCGCUGGAAUACUGUCUCCGGAAACGUGCUUAGCUCCGGGAGUUUAGGGACCAUGAACUCUGGAGUAGCUGUGAACGAGGGAAGCGAGUGUGAGGAGUCUCAUCUGCUGCAGGAGCACGAGGAGGUUCAGGAGAGAACGACGCUACGCUACGAGGAGCGAAUCACAGAGCUGCACAGCAUCAUCGCCGAACUCAACAAGAAGAUAGACCUGCUGCAGGGAGCCACCAUCAGGGAGGAGGAUGAGUUUUCCGAGCUUCGCUCCGAUCUCAGUCACAGCCAGCAGGAAGUUAACGAGGACGACCGGAGCGUCGAUCAGGACCCCGACCAGGCGUCCAUCUCACUGCCUGAGAACCAGUCCACGCUGGUCACUGCAGACAUGGAUAACUGCAGUGACCUGAACUCGGAGCUGCAGCGGGUUUUGACGGGGCUGGAGAGCGUCCUCUGCGGCCGCAAGAAGAGCACAUGUAGCCUGUCCGUGGCGGAGGUAGACAGACACAUCGAGCAGCUGACCUCCGCCAGCGAACACUGCGAUCUGGCCAUCAAGACGGCGGAGGAGAUCGAGGGCGCUCUGGGCCGGGACUUCUACCCCAGUCUGUGUGAGGAGCGUGUGCGCUGGGAGAAGGAGCUGGCUGGACUCCGGGAGGAGAACGAGAGCCUGACGGCGAUGCUGUGCAGUAAAGAGGAGGAUCUCAACCGCACCAAAGCCACCAUGAAUGGCAUCCGAGAGGAGCGAGACCGCCUGCGCAGACGUGUGCGAGAGCUGCAGACGCGUCUCCAAAGCGUUCAGCCCGGCGCUCCGUCGAGUCCUGGGCGUCUGACGGCAGCGGGACGUCCCAUCAACCCCAGCACCGGAGAACUCAGCACCAGCAGCAGCAGCAACGACAUCCCCGUCGCCAAAGUGGCGGAGCGAGUGAAGCUGUCGAAAACGCGCUCAGAAUCGCUGCCAGCGGAGAGAUCCAUCCUCGGCUCUGAAAUCAGCAGCAUCGGGGUGUCCAGUAACGUGGCUGAACACCUGGCUCAUUCCCUUCAGGACUGCUCCAACAUCCAGGAGAUCUUCCAGACGCUCUACUCGCACGGAUCCGCCAUCUCCGAGAGCAAGAUCCGCGAGUUCGAGGUGGAGACGGAGAGACUCAACAGUCGUAUCGAGCACCUGAAGUCUCAGAACGAUCUGCUGACCAUCACGCUGGAGGAGUGUAAGACUAACGCCGAGCGGAUGAGUAUGCUGGUGGGGAAAUACGAGUCCAACGCCACCGCGCUCAGACUGGCCCUGCAGUACAGGUACACACACACAAACCACCUAAUUACAGUCCGGUCCUAAACACACUCACAUUCUGCUCGCGCUGCUGAAGACUGUUUCCGCUUCCUUUCAGACGGUUAAUCGCUUUCAGUGUCAUUAUUUGAUAAAAGCAUCAGAGGUGGUGUGACCUGUGGAUGAGUGUGAUGAAAAGCUGCCGUAUCGCUGGGGAAAUCUCUGUCUCACACACACACACACACACACACACACACACACUCUCACACACACACUCACACACACACUCUCACACACACUCAGGGCUCAUUUGUAUUCAUGAAGAGAUUCAGUCUCAAAUGCUGUUAGAGGAAGUGAUGCAGAUUUCAACUCACUUCUGCUUUUUAAUAUCCACCUUUCAGCAUCCAAUCAAUUCCUGAUGAAUUAGAUUAGAAAAAUUAGAUAUUUU